CAUUCUCUCCUCUCGAUCGCUCUCUUCCUCCAAACCUCCGAAGUCACCACCAUGAAGUCUGCGUUCCUUGCGGCUGUUCUCGCCCUCCUUUCGGUGGCCUCCACCGACGCGUUCGUCGCGGGAUCCGCAAAGCUCCCCGUACGCGCAGCAGCAUCCCGAACAGCUGCCGUCGAGAUGAGCGCGGAACCGCAGUCGAGACAAGCGUUCCUCCAGCAAGGCGUGGCGGGCGUGCUCUCGCUCGCGGGGAUCGCGGCGCUGUCUCAGCCCGCGUCGGCCGGUGGUCUCUCUCCCGUCAGCAAUAGCGACAAGUGGGCUGGGGUGCUGGACCCCCGGUCGGCAGUGAAGGACUCCGACAAGAUGGCGUCGGACGGGGUGAAGAAAGACCUCGCGGCACUGAAGAACUACCAGAGUGCCACCAAGGACAUUUCUGACACCCUGGCCAAGGACCCCCAGGCGAACGUGUUGCCGAAGGUCCAGCAGACCUUCAAGUUCGCCGAGUUCCGCCAGGUGCUCAACGGGGUGAACGACGUCUUCGACGAGGACACCCAGAGGGGUACCGACCUCAUCAUCCGGAACAUGCUUCAGGAUGCCCUGGAGCUUUCGCAAGCCUCCAAGAUGAAGCCGGACGUCCCCCGGUCCCCGCGCAAGGUGGAGAUAUUGAACAAGAAGUUGAUGAAGCUGGACCAGGCGUUCGAGAAACUCAACGCGUACCUCUAGAUCGAGCGACUUGAAUAACCAGCAGUACCGUAUCCGGGCCGAAGGCGCGCUGGGGGGGGGGCGAUCCAGCUGAGAACUUCGGGAUUUCUCUCGGCCCACAUAUAGACAAGUAGGCAAAGAAAUAGGGCCGAUGCAAAGGCACUCUGCCUCCGACAUCUCCAUGUGUGCGAGAUGCACCGCCCUUUUCCCUGAUGCCGUAAAGAGGGGUCCGGUGCACACAGUUAGUCUCAGGGGGCACCGCGGAAUGGCAGCGGCUCACCGGGGGGCCGGUUCCAGGGGGGCAAAGGAAUCGCUACAGCAGUAUUCCGCUACAAAUUGAAGUGCUUGGCCGGACUAUAGAACAGCAGAUGGGGGACGACACGGCUGGUAUGCCCAAAGUUUAGUUUUUUGUUGUGUGAAAUAGUUCUUCUUGCUGGUUGCUGGCUGGCCACACCGCCCGUCACGUGUUGUUAGGUAGAGAUAAAAGAUGGCGUCGUUCGGAAAGAAGCGAAGCGUGUCCCCGUCCAAGGGGGCGGGGUUCUGAAACGAUUGUUCGGGUGCACAUGGAAACUGUUGCGGUGCCCCGUGGAUCGGUGGUGCCGUGACAUCAGAUUCGGGAAUUCGAUAAGCAGACAAAAUAGGCGAAGGAUGUGUGGGAAGAGGUAGCAUCCGUCUCUUUUUUUUUCGAGUAACCGCGCUCAGGCAGCCUCUGGUUCUCCAUGCGCUCUGUAGACGUUUAGUUUGUGCGUGCUGCAGUCGCCGUUCUGUGUCGUGUCAAGAAACACACGGGGGGGGGUUCGGUAGAAUGUACAUGCAGGUGGGUCUGCCGCCUAUGUUCGAAAAUCGUCUCAUCGCCCACAUGCAUGCGCGGGAGGCUAGCCGGAGGGAACAACAGCGUGUUUGUACGUUUGUGGGAACAAAAAAAAUGUAGAACCGAG